AUGUCCGCCCUCCCGGAUCUAAGUCCGGCCCAAGUCAGCCACAUUCCUGCCCAGAAACUCUUCGAUAUAGACGGCACAACAAUCUCUUUCCCACUCGUUCUCAACCCUGGGAAAUCUGAGCUCAAUACACCUACGACCGCUCUCAACACGACCGACGCAGUCACUGCCUGGAUCACGCGAAACCAGAAGCAACUGGUCGACUUGGCCAAGACCCAUGGCGCCAUUCUGCUCCGUGACUUCUGUCCACCGGUCUCCACAGCCGCAGACUUCGAUGCUGUCUGCAAAUCCUUUGGGCUGGCUGAAUUCCCAUACAUCGGCGGGGCAGCACCGCGGACUGUCAUCACCGGUUCCGUCUUCACCGCCAACGAGUCCCCCGCCGACCAGCUCAUCCCUUUCCACCAUGAGAUGGCUCAAAGCAAGACUCACCCCGGCGUCCUGUUCUUCUUCUGCAUGAAGGCGCCACCAGAGGGGGGAGAGACACCCAUUGUACUUUCCAACCUGGUGUAUGAGCGGAUCAGGGGAGAGUUCCCGCAAUUCGUAUCAGAGCUGGAGGAGAAGGGCGUCAGGUAUGUCAGGGUCUUGCCUGAGGUCGACGACCCCUCGAGCGCGAUAGGUAGAGGGUGGAUGUCCACAUUCGCGGUGAGCACCAAAGAGAACGCCGAAAAAGCUGGGAAGGAGAUGGGGAUGGAGUUAGAAUGGCUGGAGGGCAACCUCCUCAAGACGACGACCGCUGUCAUUCCAGCGACGAAAAAAGACCCGCGUACCGGGAAGACAUCGUGGUUCAACAGUAUUGUGGCAGCUUUCACGGGCUGGAAAGACACGCGGAAUGAUCCGCGCAAGGCGGUGGUGUUUGGAGACGGUAGCCCUCUCGAUGCGGACAUCCUGCGCAGGUGUCAAGACAUCAUGAACGAGCUAGCUGUGGCAUUUGAAUGGAAGCGAGGCGACGUUUUGGUUGUCGAUAAUUGGGUGACACUCCACUCAAGAAAUUCCUUCAAGGGCGAACGGGUCAUCUACGCAAGUCUGUGGAAAUGA